AUAUAUUUAUGAUGGUGAUGGUACUAUUGACCUCACCAGCGUUGAUUUUUCUGACAUUAUUUUUCUUUUGUGGAGUGCACAUGAACUCCGUCUAAGUGAACUAUGUAAUUAUAUUGAAAAUAAGAUUGUUAGACAAAAAGACCUUGUUAUGAAGAAUAUUUCUCUCGUCUAUCAAAAAGGAUUAUCAGAAUUUACAAAAUUAACAGAGUUAUGCAAGGACAAGAAUAUUUUCAAAA